AUGGUUAGAGAUGUUGGUGGUGCUAGUGUUACGGUAAGAGAUGCUGGUGCUGCUAGUGUUACUGUUAGAUAUGCUGGUGCUGCAAGUUUUAUGGUUAGAGAUGCUGGUGCUGUUAGUGUUAGGGUACGAGAUGCUGGUGCUGCAAGUGUUACGGCUAGAGAUGCUGGUGCUGCUAGUGUUACGGUAAGAGAUGCUGGUGCUGCUAGUGUUACGGUUAGAGAUGCUGGUGUUGCAACUGUUUCGGUUAGAGAUGCUUGUGCUACUAGUGUUAUGGUAAGAGAUGCUGGUGCUGCUUGUGUUACAGUAAGAGAUGCUGGUGCUGCAACUAUUUCGGUAAGAGAUGCUGGUUCUGCUAGUGUUAUGGUAAGAAAUGCUGGUGCUGCAAGUGUUACGGUAAGAGAUGCUGGUUCUGCUAGUGUUACGGUUGAAGAUGCUGGUGCUGCUAGUGUUACAGUUAGAAAUGCUUGUGCUGCUAGUGUUACUGUUAGAGAUGCUGGUGCUGCUAGUGUUACAGUUAGAGAUGCUUGUGCUGCUAGUUCUAUGGUUAAAGAUGCUGGUGUUGCUAGUGUUACAGUAAGAGAUGCUGGUGCUGCUAGUGUUACGGUUCAAGAUGCUGGUGCUGCUAGUGUUACAGUUAGAGAUGCUUGUGCUGCUAGUUCUAUGGUUAAAGAUGCUGAUGUUGCUAGUGUUACAGUAAGAGAUGCUGGUGCUGCUAGUGUUACGGUUAAAGAUGCUGGUGCUGCUAGGGUAAUGGUUAGAGAUGCUGGUGCUGCUUGUGUUACGGUUAGAGAUGCUGGUGCUGCAAGUGUUCCAGUUAAGAUGCUGGUGCUGCUAGUGUAA